AUGAAGAUCAAAACACUAUUAAUAAAUGUUAAUGAUAUCUUUAUAUUCUCACCUUAAUUAUUUAUAAUUUAAUUCAAUUAAGAAUUAAAAAUGAGUUAAUCCUAAAAUUCACAAAUAUCUUUAUCUCCCCAGAAAAAACAGCAAUAAUAUUUUCCAGCCAUUUAUUUAAAAACCACAGAAUCCCCUUAAAAAGGAUCAAUCACAAAUUCUAAUUAUCUUUUUUCAUAACACUUAUAGAAUAAAGUCAAUAACAGAAAGGUGAAAAGAAACAAAGAAUUAUAGCUAGAUAAGGCUUAUUCAAUUAGAAAGUACCUUCAAGUAAAUUCUACGAUACAAGGAGAUUCAAAUAUGUCCCAUUCGAAGAUUUCACAGAAUAUUUCUUUAACUGAAUAGAAAGAUACAAACAUAGAAACAAAAUAUUCUUUAUCCCCUUUGAAGCAACUAUGCAAAAUCGAAGAGACUUUGAGUGUAAAAAGUAUUAAAGUUUAUAAUAAUUUUUAGAACUUUUAGAUAUUAAUUAUACUUAACCAGACAUUAAUAGAAAAUAUUAAUCUUAAGGUUCAAUCCAUAAUUAAUGUAUACUUGAAUUAGACUAAGAACUAGAAGAAGGUNGA